AUGAGUAAAGAAGAGUUCUUGAAAAUCCAGACUUGUGUUCUUAAAGUCCAUAUACACUGUGAAGGUUGCAAGCACAAAGUGAAGAAAAUCUUGCAAAAGAUUGAUGGGGUUUACAAGACAACGAUAGAUUCAGAGCAGGGAAAGGUUACGGUGUCUGGAAAUGUUGAUCCUGAAACACUGAUCAAGAAGCUUUCCAAGAAAGGGAAACAUGCAGAAAUUUGGGGUGCACCGAAGGCAAAUAAUAAUAAUAAUCAGCUUAAUAAUCAAUUCAAGAACCUGCAAAUCGAUAAUGGAAAAGGUGGGAAUAACAAGGGGCAGCAGGUUCAGGUUCAAAAGGGUGGCAAUAACCAGCCAAAAGGUGGUCCACAGGGAGGUCAAAAUCCACAACUUCAACAACUUCAGCAGCUUCAACAAUUGAAAGGGUUUCAAGAUCUGAAAAUGCCGCCUCAGUUUAUGAAGGACUUGAAAAUGCCCAAGGAUCAAAACCCAAAAUCUGGCAAAUUCAGCGGUUUGGAGGACGACAUGACUGAUGAUGAGUUAGAUGAAUUUGAUGACGAGGAUGAUGAUGAGGAUGAUGAUGAGUUUGAUGAUGGAAUGGAGGAUAUGCCUAUGAAUAAGACAACGCUGGGCAAUGGCCUUGGAGGUGCACCGAUGCCUAACAUGAUGGGCUGGCAGAACCCUCUGCUGAUGAAGGGUGGUGCUAAUGGUGGUGUCAAUGGAGGAAAUGCGGGUGGGAAUGGAAAAAUUGGUGGGGGUGGAAAUGUGCCCGUUAUGGUCAAUGGUGGUGGUAAUAAUGGUGGCAAUAAAGGUGGUAAUGGUAAAAAUAACGGUGGUAACCAAAAUCAGGGAGGUGGAAAGAAUGGAGGCGGUCAGCCACAGGCCAACAACGGUGGUGGAAGUGGCAGUGGGCAGAUGAAGAACGGUAACAAUGGUGGUGGUGGUGCUAAUGGUCACAAUAUGAAUGCUAAUGGGGCCAAGAAAGGGGGUGGAAUGAAUGAUGGGCCUCAAGGCAUGCCAAACAUGAUGGCUAUGAAUGCUGGAGGUAGUGUGGGGCAGAUGAGGAGUGCCCCCAUGGGCCAGAUGGGUCAAAUGCCAAUGGGUCAAAUGAGCCAGAUGGGUCAGAUGCCGAUGGGACAGAUGGGUCAAAUGCCGAUGGGCCAAAUGGGUAACCCUGCAGCUGUCCGAGGCCUACCUGCUCUGCCCAUGAAUGAUGGUGCUGUCAAUGUCCAAGGUGUUGCCCCCGAGCAAAUGGCCGCGAACCCCUACUACCAGCAACAAUUGGCUGCAAUGAUGAUGAACCAACAACGUGCCAAUGGGAAUGAAAGGUUUCAACCCAUGAUGUAUGCUAGGCCUGCACCUGCUGUCAACUACAUGCCACCCUACCCUUCUUACCCGUACCCUCCUCCUGGCGAACGUGUUGAAGAGUACUCAAUGUUCAGCAAUGAGAACCCCUCGAGCUGCACCAUGAUGUGA